CGUCGGCGUUGCCCAUCGGCGCUGUUUCGUCUUCGUCGCUGCGACGCUCUGCCGGCCUGCUCGACGCCUCUGCUACGCUGCCCCUGCCUCCAAAGCCUGCACCACACUUGCUCUAGCAUCUAUCCGUGUAGUCUGCCAUGUCAGAGUCCUCAAAACCCACGCCUGUGCUGGUCUUCCAGGGCCAUGAAAAGUCCGUGUCCUCGCUGCUCUAUCACAACGGCCGGCUGUACUCGAGUUCCAAGGACGGCACGAUCAAGGAAUGGGACAUUGAUACGGCAGAGUGCUUGCGCACCCUGAGCGGUCACACUCGAUGGGUUCGCAACAUCAAUGUCGGGCGCGAACACCUCUACAGCGCCUCCUGGGACGAUACCAUCCGGGAGUGGAAUCUGGAAACAGGGCUAUGCCAGCGUGUUUUUGAAAAGCACCACGACCUCGGCAUCAACGCCGUUGUCUUUGACGAGGAAACCGGCAGAAUGUAUAGCGGAAGCGAUGACAAGACCAUCGUCGUGUACGACACCAUCGUCGGAGAGGCCGUCGACCGACUCGAGGGCUUCUCUGGCAGCGUCACCUGCCUGGCACUGUACCCUUCGCUCGAGCGCGCCGAGGACGGGCUCCUGAUCAGCGGCAGCAGCGACGGCUCCAUCAACAUGUGGGACCUUCAGUCGGGCGAGUGCCUGGAGUCCAUUCCAGCCCACGCCGCCGAGGUCACCUCGCUCGUCAUCAUCCACGGCCGGUUGUACUCUGGUGGCAACGACAAGGUCAUCAACGAAUGGGACAUCUCCACCAGCUCGCGGCUGCGGUCCUUCCGGGGCCACUCUGGGUACAUCUCCUCGCUCUGCGCCGACAUCGACACCCUCAACGACGGCUCCAUUCGCCUCUUCAGCGGCAGCUGGGACGGCACCGUGCGUGCCUGGGACCUCGUCUCUGGACGCUGUGUGGGUGUCCUGAGAGCCCAUACACGAUCGGUCAACUCGCUGUGCUUGCGUGCAGACUCGAAUCUGCUAUACACCGGUAGCGCCGACGGCGUCAUCAAAGCCUGGGAUCUGGAUUUCCCGGAAAGCGCGGACCCUCAGAAUGCAUUCGCCGCCGCCAAAUCGCCCGUCAUGGUGGUCCCCACCGGGAACCACUACCCCGUCCACUCGCCCAUGGCAUAUCCUCACUUCCAGCCGGUGCCGCCAAUGUACCACGCUCCAUACUACAACGCGCCCAUGCCGCCUCCGCCCAACGCAUAUAUCCCGCACCAUCGACCACCGCCUUCGCCUUACACCAACCAAAACGGCGGAUACGGACACAACCGCCCCAAGGGCAAGCAUGGCGGAGGCCCCUCCCGCCACAACGGUGCCCCAACGGUCUGCACCUUCUGGCUUCGUGGAAACUGCAAGUUUGGUGAUGACUGUCGCAAUCUGCACGAGCAGAUAUCGGACCCAUCUGGAUGCUAACCAGGACGUGCGCUGUUGCCUGUGGGUUGCUGACGGGGGGGGGAAGGCGACAGACGGCCGGUCCCAGUGGAGACGGAUCCUCUGCUCUGCCCGCCACUGUCGCUCUGGCUGUCGGCACUUUUCGCUCUCAUCUCGCGCUCCGGCCCUUGCUCGCGAUUCUUUCUUCCUGCUCUCCCUUCCCUCCUCCUCUCCUUUCCCCCUCUCUCUCCCUUCGUUUUCCUCCCUUGCCCCUCGAUCGAUCUCUCUGUUUGCUUGCAGCUCUUCCAAGAAAAAAUUGACGGGCCAACCCGGAUUUUUGAUGACGCGAACCGUUGUUACUGUUCUGGAGCUGUGAAUACACGUACAUUUCGUUCAA